GUGGAAUCUCAGAGAGGGCGGGACAGCGUGAGCGAGUGCGGCCGGAGCCCAAGGUCGGCUCCGCGGGGGGGGAGGGAAGGGGUGGGUCCUGUGACGUCAGCGAGUCCGAGCUGCCAGAGAGAAGCCUGGGGCCGGGGGCGCCGAGCGGGGAGAGCCCGGCCCCGAGAGCAGAGCCGCGGGAGCAGAGCGGGCGGCAACCGGCCGGGAGCCGGAGCCCCUCAGGCACCUGCUCGACCGCCCAGCCGAUCGGCGCUCACGGAGUGGCCCGCAGGCCCCCGCCCGGGCCCAGUCCCACCCCGGGCCCCCCCAUGGCCCGGGCCGCAGCUCUCUCGCCGUCGAGAUCGUCGCCGACGCUGCCACUCCUGCCGCUGCUGCUGCUGCUGCUGCUGCUGCUCCGGGAAACCGGAGCCCAGGAUGUGCAAGUUCGAGUGCCGCCCGAGGUGCGGGGCAACCUGGGGGGCACCGUGCAGCUACCGUGUCACCUGCUGCCGUCGGGACCGGAUGUCAGAGUCUCGCAGGUGACGUGGCUGCACGUGGACGCAACCGGCACCAGCAGGAGCGUGGCCGCCUUCCACCCUUCGUACGGGCCCAGCUUCCGCAGCCCAAAGCCCGGCGAAGAGCGGCUGUCCUUUGUCACCGCCGGGCAGAGCAGUGGGACCAGGCAGGGCACGGAGACGGAGCUGCGGGAUGCCACGCUGGCCCUCCGGGGACUGACGGUGGAGGAUGAGGGCAACUAUACCUGCGAAUUUGCCACGUUCCCCAGUGGCACCAGCCGGGGGACGACCUGGCUCCGGGCCGUAGCACAGCCCCAGAACCACGCUGAAACACAGGAGGUCACCCUGAGCCUGGAACCUGUGCCCGUGGCCCGCUGUGUCUCCGAGGGGGGCCGGCCACCCGCCCGAAUCUCCUGGUUCUCGCCCCUGGACGGGGAGGCCAGAGAGAGCCAGGUGUCCGGACCUGUGCCCGGCACAGUCACCGUCACCAGCCGCUUCACCUUGGUGCCCCUGAGUCGAGCGGAUGGUGUCAAGGUCACCUGCAAAGUGGAGCACGAGAGCUUUGAGGAGCCCAUCUUGCUGCCUGUUACCCUCUCCGUGCGCUACCCCCCUGAGGUCUCCAUUUCGGGCUAUGAUGACAACUGGUACCUCGGCCGCAGCGAGGCCACCCUGAACUGUGAUGUCCGCAGCAAACCAGAGCCCACAGGCUACGACUGGAGCACGACCGCAGGCGUCUUCCCCGCUUCCGCAGUAGCCCAGGGCCCCCAGCUGAUCAUCCACUCGGUGGACAAACUCGUCAACACCACGUUCGUCUGCACCGUCACCAACGCCGUGGGCACGGGCCAUGCUGAGCAGGUGGUCCUCGUCCGAGAGACCCCCAACACAGCAGGCGCAGGGGCCACGGGUGGCAUCAUUGGGGGCAUCAUCGCUGCCAUCAUUGCCACCGCUGUGGCCGCCACAGGCAUCCUCGUCUGCCGGCAGCAGCGGAAAGAGCAGAGGCUGCAGGGGCCAGAGGAGGAUGAUGAUCUGGAGGGGCCUCCCUCGUACAAGCCACCAACACCCAAGGCGAAGCUCGAGGAGCCAGAGAUGCCCUCCCAGCUCUUCACUCUUGGGGCCUCGGAGCACAGCCCGCUCAAGACUCCCUACUUUGAUGCUGGUGUCUCAUGUGCUGAGCAGGAUAUGCCUCGAUAUCAUGAGCUGCCCACCUUGGAAGAGAGGUCAGGGCCCCUGCUCCUGGGGGCUACAGGCCUGGGGUCACCCAUCCUGGUGCCUCCAGGGCCACCUGCUGUGGAGAGGGUUUCCCUGGACUUAGAGGAAGAGGAGGAGGAGGAAGAAGACUAUUUGGACAAGAUCAACCCCAUCUAUGACGCCCUGUCCUACUCUAGCCCCGCUGAUUCCUACCGGAGCAAAGGCUUUGUCAUGUCCCGAGCCAUGUAUGUGUGAGCUGCCGUGGCCCUGGCCUCUUGCCUCUCACUUUUUGAUCCCUCAACUUUCUGCCAGGCCAGGCCACUGUCAGUUAACACACAAAAAUGCAUCUCAUCUGUGACUUCUA